CUGGGCCAUGAUAUGGAGGAGGAGGAGGCCGGGGUGCGGCGGUGGCUCGUCGACAUCACCCGCUGGCGCCCCUCCCCCGCCCAGUUCGAUGCCGCAGCCUCCCUCCUUCCCUCGCACGAGCGCCCCGCCAUCGCCAGGCCCCUGCUUUGGUUUGGAUCGGCGCUUCCGGCUCCGAUCUAUCCGCCGCCGGUCAGAAUCGUUAAGCUCCGGCCCGAAUCAAGUCCAGGGCAAACAAUUCGCUCCAUUAUUCAGUGGCAUGGGCGCUGGAUUCAUCAACAUCCGCGGUGAUCCGAGCAAGCAGCCGUGAGCUUGACAUCAACGGUUGGUUCGUAGCGAGCCUCGCCGCGAGCGUGCACUCCACAUCGGUUGAUCUCCGUAACUCAGUUAAAUGCACUUUGUUCACCUUUGCAAUUGAGACAUCAGAAUCGCCUCUGUGUGUCCGCCAAUUCAGCUAGCAUGCACGUUGCGGUUACCUUAGAACCAGAUGGCAUCAAAUCGACCUCCUCCAUGCCCCUGCAGGUUUGUGAAAGAAGAUGACAGGAAGCGGGCGCUCGUCAGUCGUCUGCUGCAGUACUCGCUUGUACGCCGCGUUCUCCGCAUUCCGUUUCACCAGAUCAACAUAUGCCGCACACCUGAGGGGAAACCGUACCUGCAUAAAAAUUGCUUAACCUUCCCAAACUUCAACUUCAACACCUCGCAUCAGGGAGACUACGUUGGCAUAGCAUCUGAGCCGCUUUGCCUUGUUGGCCUGGACAUUGUGUCCAUCUCCAAGCCCCAGGGAGAAACCACCACCGAGUUUAUCAUCAACUUCUCUUCGUACCUCACUGAUCAUGAGUGGAACUGUAUUCUUCGUGCUGGCACACACAGUGAAGUGCUAACAGAGUUCUACAGGUACUGGUGUCUCAAAGAAGCUUUUGUAAAAGCCAUUGGUGCUGGCGUAGGAUUUGGGUUGCAUAGACUGGAAUUCCACCAUGAACACUGGACUAAUAUUUCUAUCCAUAUUGAUGGACAAGUGUCUAGAAAAUGGAGAUUCUGGCUUUUCGAGCUUGAUGAAGUGCAUUUGGCAUCUAUAGCAAAAGGGCAUCCAGAGGAUGCUGUAAGCAACUACAAGAAAACAUUGUCCAAUGCAACCGUUGUGCAGGAACAAUUACAUUCUACACUAGAGAGUCCAGAAGGAGCUUUCACUUUGUGGACAGUGGAACAACUUACACAAUCACUGGAGUAACAGCCUUACAGGUAUCAGGCAUUCUUGAAAUCUACUACAGCAGGACCAAAGGAAGAGAUGGGUGAAUAUGUUCCCAGAAUUCUAGACUCCUGAUAAUCUAAUACACAGCCACAUGGAAGAGGCUUCGUUUUACCUCUGUAUUGCUUCUGUUACGGAAAGGGGUUCUUUUGGCCUUCUGUUUACCAUAACAGAACAUGACAUCAGGAGCGCAAAGGUCUUCGCAAUGGCUGCACCACCUUUAUCGUUCUAUCCUGCAUUCUUGCAGACAUGUAGUGUCAUGGGGCUAAUAAGCAUUGACGUGCUCUGCAUUGACAAAAGAGGCAUUUCUCUUGUAAAUGAGAUUUGAAAGAGAUGAAGUGAAAGAGGAGGUUUUAGGAUGAAAUCAAUCUGCCAAUGAAGAGCAGGGGUAUGUGAGGCUAUGAGAGCCACAUGUAGAAUUGCAGGCGCGCUUUUAUAGCAGCAGGAACCUCUGUUUGACUUCCUAGUUCUGAUGUAUGCAAAUACUCGAAGCUGUGAUGCUGACACCUAGACUUUGAAAGUGCUUGCCAGAAACAGGAGCCAGGAGCCUGUUUGGA